GUCAUUUACAUAAAAAUACACCGCUGAGAGACAGGAGGCUGCCGCCGCUCGGGUGGACGUGACGAUUUUUAAAGAAUGGGUGUGAAAGGUCUGCAGUACUUCAUGGAGCGCUGCUGUCCCGAGGCCUGUGUGACUGUGAGCCUGAGAGAGAUGGCGAGGCAACAUGUAGCCAAAGGCACGGCCACAUCCGACACCACCAGUCCCACCCUCUUGGUGGACAGCAUGGCCUGCCUGAGCCACUGGUACUCAUGUCGGGACUGGGUGUGUGGGGGCCAGUGGAGGGAGUACAUGGCCCUCCUGGAGAGCUGGGUGGAGGCCUUCACCUCCGCCGGCAUCAGACUGGUCUUUUUCUUCGACGGGGUGGUGGAAGAGAAGAAGAGGCAGGUGUGGGUGAAGAGGAGGCGCAGAGUGAACGGGGAGAUCGCUAAAGUGUUUCGUCACAUCAAGGCCCACGGACAGCAGCCUGGUAGAGAGCUGUACUGUCUACCCCCCGGCCUUGCAACAUUCACACGCUUUGCCCUCAGGUCGUUGGGUCAGGAGGUGUUGUGCUCAGUGCAGGAGGCUGACUACGAGAUUGCCAGCUACGGUCGUCGUCAUGGCAGCAUGGGCAUUCUGGGACAGGACUCAGACUUUAUCAUAUACGACAGUGUCCCCUACCUGUCAGUGGAAAAGCUGCGGCUCGAUAGCCUCACCACUGUCCUCUACGACCGAGAGCGCCUCUGCCGUGCCGUUGGACUAUCUGUUACCCAGCUGCCACUGCUCGCCUGUCUCCUAGGCAACGACGUGGUGUCAGAGGAGCGGAUGCAGCAUGUCCGCAACAAUGCCAUGGAAAUGUACAGGCAGAGCUGCCCCCCUCCACGCGCCGGUGCUCACCAAGGCCAGAAGGUGCUCGCUGUGGCCCAGUUGGUGAGCUCCGUGUGGGGCAGAGAGGAGGACGAGGCUGGGCUCAUCCCGCCGUCUCUGGGCCUGUCAGCUACAGAAAGAGAGCUCCUGCAAAGGGGCGUCCGCUCCUACCUGCUGCCUGGACAGGAGCCUCCACAGUGCGGUGACGUCUCAGCUGACUCCCCCGACUCUGCCUGUGUGAGGCAGGGAUACUUGAGUCCUGAAAUGCUUAAGGCAUGUAUCGAGAGGCAUGUAGCGGCCGAGGAUUUCAUGGUUUACAACGUUGUGUGUGGUGGGGUGGUUGAAUGUAGCAACAGUCUGGAGGAUGAGGAGGAUACCGAGCUGCUGCCACAGGCUCUGGUCUUCAAGGCCUGCAGGCAGCACAUCUACAGUCUGCUGCUGCACAGGCAUGACGGCAGCAGUGAUGUGGAGGCUCCAGCUGUCAGGGAAUGGUUUGUCUAUCCUGGAAACCCUCUGAAGGAACCUGAAAUAGUCCGUCCUCUCCCACUCAGCCUUUCAGGCGUUCAGCCCAGUCUGGAGCUGUUAUGGCUCGGCAGCGGCCCUGAAGUCUCGGCUCUUCGCCUGGCCUGCUUCCUAUCAGUUUUUGACUGUCAGGACUUCUCUGAGCUGUUUGGGGCGGUGGACGAUUGUCUGCUGGCUGCACUCUGCCUGGUCACUCACAUCGUCUUCCAGGUGCCAGACCUGUCCCUAGAGGACGUGGAUGCUUACCUGAGUCAGGCUGUGUGUUUGAGGCUGAAACGCCCCCAGGAGCUUCAGCACAUCAAGCUGCCGUACCUCUGCAGCCGCGCAGUGCAACUGGGGUCCCUCUAUGUCCGAGGGCUGAGUCACCUGCUGGGUGCCAACUGUGCCAGCAGCUGCCCGCUGCCCAGCAGCGCCCUGAUGCCUUGGCAAAGCUUCGACGGGCGGCUGUUCCACUCAAAGUAUCUGCUGGCACACACGGGCGCUGACCAAAUGGUGCUGCUGGACGGCGAUUCCUCCUGUCUGUCUCUGUUCCUCCGUCUGAGGGAGAAACUGGUGGAGUCCUGCAGGAGGAGAGGCAGAGCCCUGCAGUCCAGACCCAGACCCAGCACAUCAGAGCUGAGACUUCAAACCACAGCGGGACCCAGAGGCGGCUCUGCGCAUGCAGGACGGCCCGCCAGCGACAGAGGGAACUGGAGGGAGAGAGAGGAGGCGACAGGAGAACACCAGCAUGGUGGAGGAUGGAGGGAGAGAGGGGAGACGAGAAGAGGCCCGAGCGGAUAUGAAAAAAGAGAGAAAUGGGAGCAGAGAAGAGGGCGAGGAGGAGGAAGAGGAAGAGGAGGAGGAGGAGGAGGAGGAGAGCAGCCGCCUGUUUUUCAUCCUCAUCCUCAGUCUUUUUACCAGGAUGGAGGCUUCCAGAACAGGAGCCGGCCCCCGAGGCCGCCCAGAGGACGACAGCAUCACGGCAGCAGACGGUCGUACCAGCUGUCUCCACGCUGGUCUCAGCCUCCGGCCCCGGGACCCUGACCCGUGUACCCGUGGGAUUAGAACUUGAGGAGAUCAGAGGACAGCGGGGAGGAGAGGCACGGGGAGGAGAGCGUGGAUGGAUAAAGACGGGAUGAAGGGAGAGGAGGAGUCAGAUUUCUCUGAACAAACUGAUUACUGGAUUAGCCAUCAGAGAUGUUUGUCCAAAGGAUGCAGCGGGAAUCGAGUUGAGGGAUGAGGAGGAGGCAGAGUGGAGGGAUUAAGAUGCCUUCAUGUGCCACUCAACAUAAAAUAACUGGAGUUUGUGUGUCAGCUCUGCUCUCGUAGAUCCAGAAAAUAAUCCGUCAGGAGAUCGAAGCAUCAGCCUGUCCGCUCGAGGCAGAGGAGAGGAAAUGGACUGAAUGUGGGAAAACUCACCAGAGAGACGGAGAGAGAGCCACUUCAACCGCGCACCGAGUGAGGAUUAGCUGUUAAUCCUCUUUUUACCUUUUAUCUUGGUCAAUAAAAGGCAAUAUGUUUACAGUGA